AUGGCGGCUGUCGUAGUGUCCCUCAUGAUGAUGAUGGUGAGGUGCUGGCCCAGACUCUCUCUGAUGCUGCUGCUCUCUGUGAUGCUCCUGUCUUCACCGUCCCUGGCCCUGCUGCGGCUCAACUCCAGCUUGUUUCUUUCGACAUCGACGAUGACGACAACGACGACGACGACGAUGGACAACGACAAGCAGCUGAUGAUGUUGUCGUCAUUGACGCCAACAGCAGCAGCAACAACAAUGCCUCAUUCCCAUGCUGCUACUGGUGGUGAAGAAGAAGAACAACAACAUAAUAGCUCCCAGCAGCAGCAGCAUCAUCAUUAUCAACAAAUCUUGUCUGCCGUGUCCCAGGUCAUGUUCGUCGUCAUCUGCGUCGUCGGCCUGUGUGGCAACACGCUCGUCAUCUACGUCGUUGCUCGCUACUCCAAGAUGCAGACCGUGACCAACACGUACAUCCUGAACCUGGCCGUGGCCGACGAGUGCUUCCUCGUGGGCCUGCCCUUCCUGCUGGCCACCAGCGUCCUCAGGUCCUGGCCCUUUGGCUACGUCAUGUGCAAGGUGUACAUGACGACGACGGGCAUCAACCAGUUCACGAGCAGCGCCUUCCUCACGGUCAUGAGUGGCGACAGGUACAUUGCCAUUUGCCACGCUGUCAAAGGCUCCGGACUCCGCACGCCCGUCAUCUCCCGUGUGGUCGCCCUCACCACCUGGAUGGUGUCCGCCCUCCUCAUGGCGCCGCUCUUCAUCUACUCCUCCACCCGCGUGACCAACAACACCACCGGCGUGGCCACUUGCACCAUCUUCCUGCCCGAGGACAACCAGCGCCGGAGCUACGUCGUCUUCACCAUGUACAACCUCAUGGCCAGCUUCGUCAUCCCACUGGGCUUCAUUGUUCUCUUUUACUCUCAGGUCAUUUCCACUCUGCGAAAGUCGCGGGCCCGCAAGCGCAACACGCGCAAGAAGGUGACUCGACUCGUGCUCACCGUCAUCGUGGCCUACGUCAUUUGCUGGCUGCCCUACUGGCUGGGCCAGGUGGCCCUCGUGGGCCAGCUCCUCGACCUCGUGCCCGACGUGUCGCCCGUGGCCCUGGUCAACUACAACAUCGUGGCUGCCAUCCCCAUGUACUGCAACUCGGCCAUCAACCCCAUCCUCUACGCCUUCCUCUCGGACAACUUCCGCAAGAGCUUCUUCAAGGCCUGUGGCAUGUGUUCUUUCCUCCAGUAUAUCGUGUUUUGGGACAGGACAAGAGACGGCGACGAGUAA